GCCGUGGGGAUCUCAAAAUGAAGCCAACGCUAGCUUGUUUAGCUCUUGUAUUUGUCCUUGCAUUCCAUGGACAAGUUGUGUCAGCCCAAGAGGAAGAUCCAAAAGCUGUUGAAGACGGUGCCGCAAUCAAAGCUGCGGCGUUACCUCCCCCUGUUUCUGGUGAUCAAGAAAACAUGUCCCCGGCAAAUCCUCCAGGAGAGAGUCCUGAAAGAAGCUUCCCAUCUUCUCAUGGAUCUAACUAUGGUAGUUACGAUCGAAAGAAAUGUUGCUGGAAAAGCGGACCUAGUGCGCCAUACCUUAACGUUAGAAGCGUCAGUCAGUCUGAGGAAGUCAGGAGGAAAAUAGAGUACACGUUGUCAAAAAAUGAAGCAGUUAAAAAUGCCAUAUCCAAGAAAACAAUGAACUGUGAAAAAAGUCACUGGGGAUCAGAGGGUCUUUCAGACAACUGUCCAUCCCGCUACCUACUAGCUACUGAGGUCGGAUACUGGGGCAAAAAAUGUUACAUUGUGAGACCCCAUCAGCAAUGUGCGUCCUACAGAGAUUGUUAUAGUAAAAGGUCUUGUGCAGCAGGUCGUGGAGGUGAUGGUGGUGGUGCCGGUGGAGGUAGAAAGAAAAGGAGCUCUUCCGCAGGAGGAGAUCCUUGUUACAGAACGUCUAAGUCGUCCAGCACAUGUCUUCCAGACGGCUACAGAACCUUCCAACUCUGGAUCUACUGCGAUUUCAGUGGCUUCAAACUGAUCAGUAUGAGAUUGCCACAAUGCUGUUCUUGUAAAAGAUAUAACCGAUGUCGCUUUUCAGUACCACAAAUAAGUACCUAAAAAUAUUUUUCUCUGUAAUAAAACAUUGAAAGAUGUAUUUUUAUCCUCCAUCCUGAUUAAUAAAAUUUCAAG